GCCAGUGCUUUCAGUAAGUAACCCAAAUAUUUGCAGAUUUUGUUGUGCAUAAUAUUUAGGAAUGCAAGAUGGAUAACUAAAACCAAACAAAACGUUUUACAGGUCAGAAACUGUGCAGUCAGCUGCUUUUUAAAGGAAGCAGACUCAUCAUGAGCAGGGAAGAACUAAAAUCUGACAUCCAUGAUCUGUUAGAGGCCAUAUGGAAGGACUCUUUAAAGGACGUCAAAGAUUUUAUAUCCAAAGGUGUUGAUGUAAAUCGAGCUGCAAUCAUUGAAUAUGAAGAUUUCAUGCCUCCACUUAGCUUGGCAUGUCAAAGAGGCAAUUUUGAAAUAGCAAAAUUUUUGUUUGAAAAUGGAGCUGACUUAUCGAUACCAGGUUCAGAUGGAAAAACUGCAUUACAUUAUGUCUGUGAAGGAGAUGAGCAUAGGGAAGAAAAAAAGGGGGAACUUUUCAAAAUCUUAAAAUAUUUAGUUGAACAUGGAGCAAAUAUUGAUAUCAAAGAUAAUAUGGGAUGCACUCCACUUUUUACAGCAUGUGAAGUGGACGAUAUUAAUAUGGUGCGACUACUUAUUCAGUCAAAAUGUGACAUAAACGUAAAUACUGUGAAUGGUUAUUCAGCCAUGAAAGUAGCCUGCAGAAAUGCCAAGUUUUGGUCUUACUGGCAUGGUCGUGCUUUGUGCAACACUGCUACAAAAGUUGAUCCAAAUGAGUUUCCACCAAUUCAGAUUACAAAAAUGCUUCUACAGGCUAAUGCAAAUAUGACUGAUGCAACAUUAUUACCAACAGCAGUCCAGUUUGGAGAUCCAAAUCUAGUCAGAGAACUGAUAGGACUUGGUAUGGACGUAAAUAUGCUUGAUGAUAAUAUGUGUACCCCUCUUGGCUCUGCUUGUACAUCUGUCAGUGUUAAAUGUGAUGUAGUUAAACUUUUACUGAGUCUUGGAGCAGAUGUCAAUAAAGGUGGAGGAUGGAAAAAGCAAAAGCCAUUAAUCUUUGCGUAUGUUCACAAUUCAGUUGAUAAAAUUAGGAUUCUGCUCUCAUAUGGUGCUAAAGUUACUCCAGAAGAAAUGACUGAACUUGUUUCCUUGAGCUUUUCCAAGUCAAUCUUAGAAAACCCUGAAGUCAUUGGACCAAAUAGCAAAGAACUGUUGUCUUGGCAACUACUUCUUGCUGCUGGUUUCAGACCAAUUGUGAAUGGGACACAACUAGAGGAGAAGGUAUUCCAGCUUCAAAUGUGCAGUAGCUAUGAUAAAAUCUGUCCAUGGAUUACUUCUCUAUUGUUUCCCAUGCUUUCUCUGAAAGAACAUUGCCGAUUAGCCAUUAGAAACAGCAUUCCUACUAGUAUAGAUAGUCAUUUGGACAAGUUGUUUCUUCCAAAACAUCUGACAGAUUUUCUUAGCUUUCAAGAGUACUCAUCUGUUGAAAAUAGAUGAAAUUGAUGAAAUCAAUUAUAUACAGUAUGCCAUAUGGAACUUGUUUGUAAUUAAGUUUUAACAUUUGUAUUAAGUAUAACUGUUUUAAGGUGCCAUUUUGUUAAAGCUGUCAUGUCAGUCACUAUAUUGCUAUGUUUAUUAUACAGAAUGCCAUAUGUUAGUUUUUAUGGGUCUUUUAUGUCUUUAGUCAAAAGUUGCAAAGACUACACACUUUUUUUUAUUAUUUUGCUGCAGUUGAGGCCAAGCCUAGAGUUUAUUGUUUAUAUUCUGAAUGGUUGCAAAGCUUUAAGUGUACAUUUGUAAUCUGUUUGUAGUUUUCAUAUUUUGCCUAAUAAAUAUCAGUCAUUUGUUUCUCUUAACAAAGUACAAGUAUUAACAGUUCUAUUAACAAAACUAUCUUAAAAAUACAUUUACUUGGUCACCUAAUGGCGAAAACUUAAAAUUGAAUUCAUGUACAUAAAGAAUUAGAUAAAUGUUAUAUACAAGAAUAUUUUGAGUUUUCCCUUUAUAAGGGUUUCUACAACAUACACAUCAUGCAUGUAUCAGAGGGUUUAUGAUCAUGAUGAUGUUCAGAGGGAAAUAUGAUGUUUUAUUCAUGAUCAAUGUCACAUGGUAGUUUUUAACCAAUCAAAUAUUUAUUUACCUAUAAAUAUUAACAAAAAAUGUACCUAAUUGUCUGCUCUAUGGUCGGGUUGUUGUCUCUUUGACACAUUCCCCAUUUCCAUUCUCAAUUUUAUACAUGUAGUGGAAUAAAUUGAUUUAUUUCUCUUUUAUAAUUAUAACAGAUUUUAAUAACAUAUUCUUAAUUAUAAUAUUUUGAGUUAUUUCCCUUUAUAAGGGUUUCUAUAUAAUCUGAUAGAUUUUUUUAUAUUUAAAUGAAAAAAAAAUGAUAUUCUUGUUGAUUUCCUCUCUAUACACAAACUAUCUUUAAACUGAUAUGGCUACUGAAAACUGCCGUAGUACUCAUUUUCCUUUAAAAAAAAUCCUAUGAAGGUAUCAGUAUAACAGCAAACACUUAACUAUAGCAGUUGUAUGUAUAGGGGGUAACAAGCGAUGAAAUUAUUAGGAGCGGACAUGUGGCAAUUCUUGCAUUUUAACUGAUGUCAUUAAGACUUUUAUUGCUGUCUGAUUGUGUAGGUAAAUAUCUGUAGUAAUGGAACAAUUGAAAGAAAUAAACUUUUCUUGUCCUUUCAAAGAUGUUUGUCAUUUGUUUCCUUUAGAACAAUGGCUAUUCCAUAAUGUAAUACUAUAAAGUUAAGGUUGGGUGCUAAUAAGGUACUCCUCAUUACAGAAUCUUGGGUCGUUUGGAGGUCGGUUCAAAUCCAUUUUUCUAUGCAUCAGUAUGGAUUCUUCAAUUAAAUUUGUGGAAGUAUAUAGUAAAUAUUAAAGGAUAGAGCUACAAAAUAAGCUUAGAAUUGAAACUUUUGUCUGUUUCUUAAAUAAAUGUAGGUGAAAAACUGUCAAAAUAGGUGCAAUUUUGGUACCCUCAUGUUACACGUAUUAUCAACAUGCAAGAAGAUUUUUUGCCCAUUAGCAUUUUUAAUCGUUGCCAUGGUGACAUUUAUCUCCCUUUAAACAAGUCUCAUCUUUAAGCACAUACAAAGAAAAAAAACCCACUUUUACCCAGUUCAGACAACUGAAAAAAAUGACCUACAAUCAUCAUGUAUGUCAUGGAAAAGAUUCAUGCACUUAGAUACCUGUUAGCCUCAGUUUAUCACUACUGAAUUUUGUGAUGUUUGGGAUUGUCAAUCAUUAUACUUGUCAAGGACAACCUUUUCUAAAUUGUACUUGAUUAAAGAUAUUACAUUUAGAACAAGUUAGGUACAUUACACUGUAUCACAUAAAAAUAAGUUUCCAUCAUAUAAACAUGAUAAAUGUUUGUUUUGUUUAAAAAUUUAUUGACUCAUUUUAUGUACUUGCUUUAAGGGAGGUGAUACAGUCGGAGGGCAGUUACAGUAUUUAAUUAACAUUAAUAAAUGAUCAAAAUUCCUUUAGUUAUAAGUUUUGUCUAUGGUGAAAGUGUAAAACAAAAUAAGAUCACCGGGAUAAAAGUUUAUAAAAUAUAAUAAGCUACUAAAUGUUUUUGGUGACUUUAUAUUAUAUGUACUUAGGCCACAGGUACUUGUAUUUUUCCUGAGUUUUUGCCAGCUUAACAAAAAAAAAUGUUGAUGGAAUCUGGUGAGAGAAAUUGUUAACUUUGACAAAUAUUUUAGUGAUCUUAGAAUAUCUCAAAAUAUGAGUUGACUAUUUUGGAACCACAUUUAGUGAUUUUUUUUUAUAGUUUCAUUAAAAUAAGCACCAAAAACAUAUCAUUUAUUUCAAAUCUGUAAUUACAGCUAAAAAAAAAACAGUAAGAAAAAUUACAAGAACCACAAUUUAGGUCAGCAAAUUUUCCAAUUUUGGCAUACAACAAUAAAUUAAAUAUGAAUUUUCAAAUUUUUGUUGGAGUGAAGAAAAGACUGCUUGUAGUGGUAGAGUAUGCUCCCCCUUUUUGAUCAGAAAACAAAACUUUUAGCAUAAAAUGGUUCAAAAUCAGCUUUGCUUGCUGAUAUUUUAACCAUUUGCAAGAAUUGUACCCCCUUCCCCAAAACCUGGAUCUGCCCCUGGCUUAUCUCCAUACUUUUUUCUGGGCAUAUAUUUUUACUCAGACAUUGUAACCUUUGUUUUAUUUUUUAUUACCAAAGAUCUCAUAUCACCUUGCAGGUUAUAAUGCAAUGGGACUGUCUUAAACUCACCUUAGUAACCUUGAUUUUUAAUCUCAUUUGAUGACCUCAAAUAUUCCUAAACUUGUUGAAAAAUUAACCUAUAGGGCCAAUUACUUUUAUCAUAAAAAAUUAUCAUGAAAAAAAAAAUCUAAUUAUACUUGUUAAGUAACAUGCCAAAAAUGUAUAUUAGAUUCAUAAGACAAUCUGUGUUUAAAAGUGAAAUGUAUAAAUUUACUAUUUAUUAGGCAUAAUAUGAUAGAUGUACAUGUAUAUCUGAAUAUAUUCCACAUUUGUAUAACAGAGCCAAAAAUUGUAAUUAUUACAAAUAAUUAUGUUGUGUAUGAAUCAAAUAUAAGCAAUUAUACUGUU